AUGGCAGUCCUCUCUUCUCUCCCCCGAGCUCUACUCCUAGCCUUCUUGGUCACCGCCGGAGUUCACGGCAACCCGGUCGAUCUCGGCUCCGGUAACGCAAUCACUUGUGCUUCGGUCCGGUGCAUCGCUGGCACCGCCUGCCUGGAAAUCGACGGCAGGCCCCAGUGCGUCCCUAUCAAGGAUGCCAAGUGUGGAAACACGGUGUGCGAGGCCGGGACGGUCUGCUGCAACUCGUCCUGCAGCCUUUGCGUCAAGCCCGGCCAUGGCGUGCACUGCCCAUAUCUGCCCGCCCGUCGCCAUCACGCCUUCGCGAGGAAACACAGUGUGGCCCGGGCUACCUGCAAGGCCGGUCAAGAGUGCUGCAACGAGAGCUGCGGCAUCUGCGUUGAACCUGGAAAGGGCUGCACAAAGCAACUCUGUGUCCCGGGGGGUGAACAGUGCGGCAAGACUGUGUGCCCUGCCGGUCUCCAGUGCUGCAACUCGAGCUGUGGAGUCUGCACCAAACCUGGGGAAGCUUGUACGAUGCAGCUCUGCGGCGAGGAACCCGGCAAGCAGUGUGGCAAGACCGUCUGCCCGGCCGGCCUUACGUGCUGCAACUCGAGCUGUGGUAUCUGCGUCCCUCCCGGUGGUGCCUGUACCCAGCAAGUCUGUCUCAACUAA